AUGGCAGCCAUCGUCGCGACGCCCGGCCCGCUGGAGCAGAUCGGCAAAUUGAAGGGGCCCCAGUUCGGCAGCAAGGGCGUCGCCUGCCUCGCGACGGACGGCGUGAAAAUCUACGCGGGCUGCCGCGACCACGCGAUCCGCGUCUACGACGCACAGACGCAUAAAUUACUGUACGCGCUCGGCGCGCCGGCGGGGCCGCUCGACGUCGCGCGCGAGGGCCACGUCGGCUGCGUGACCUGUCUUAAAUUAUGUGGACGGAGGCUCUUUUCCGGCGGCGGCGACCGGACGCUCCGGGCCUGGGAUUUGAAAGAUCGGGGCCCGCUGCGCAAGGUCGGCGAGCACGGCGCGAUCGUCACGGCGCUGGCCGUCGCCGGCGCGACGCUGUGCUCGGCCGACGCGGACGGCUUCGUCGGGCUCUGGGACCUCGAGACGCUCGAGGCCGCCGGCGAGCUCGAGGCCAAGCCGUCGAUCUACGCGCUCGCCGUCGUCGGGCCGGUCCUCUUCGCGGCGCGCGGCGACGGCGAGGCCGUCGUCGCGUGGGACGUGUCAACCAAAGCGCGGGCGGACGCGCCGCCGUACGCCGCCGAGAGCCUGCUCGCGGUCGGCAAGAAACUCUACCUGGGACGCGACGACGGCUCAAUCAGCGUCUGGGACGCGGCGCGGGCGACGCCGCUGCCGGCGGCGGCGCUCGAACACGGCCACGACGGCUGCGUCACCGCGCUCGCGUCGAUGGCGGGCGUCGUCGUGUCCGGCGGCGAGGACGGCGCCGUCGUCUGCUGGGACGCGGCCGCGCGGACGCGGCGGUGGGCGACGCGGCCGCGCGAGGGCGCCGUCAACGGCGCCGACGCGAUCGUGGCGGACGACUCCGGGUGCCUCUUCAGCGCGUCGCCGAUGGCGCCGCACGUCCAGGUCUGGCGGCGGGCGGAACCGGGCGUUCGGAGUUCCGCUGCCCCGGAGCCCUCUCAAGUAGAACCGGAGCCUGAGGACUCGCUCUUCGCGGAGCUCGAGGUCAACCGGCGCAAGGACGCGGCGCGGCGGCGCGGGGUAAGUUGAGAGCUGUGGUCGACCUGCUUUGUGGGUG